AACUAUAGUUGACGUCUUUGGAAACAUAUUGUUUUUUCUAUAAACAAACGUACCAAGGCAUCAAUGUACUCAACAACUCCAGAAGUUUUAAACACUAACUUUAAGUGUUCCACGGGAAAGUUUUGAGGAUUCUGUAAAAUAUAUGGAAAUUGCUGUAAUUUUGGAAUUCCGAUUACUAUAACCUUUUGAAAGUAGUGGUUAUUAAGAAAAGAAAAAAAUACUAUUAAUUAAUAAAUAAAAUUACUACGAAUGGCUCCAUGAUCUUGUAUGAUGCAUUUUCCGUCAUAAACACCACUAAUCGUUGCUAAACAGCGCUAAUUACAAUACUGAAAUAAUUACAGUACGACUGAAACCAACUGAAACACGCGGUAAAUGCGAUCGUCUUCUGAGUGACUAAUCAAAGCUUAUGAAACAAAGGAGUCAGGAAAGAUUCAAAGUUUUGUGUAUUUUCGUGAAUCACACAUAUGGUAUUAUGAGGUUAAUAUAUUACAACCAUAACAAAAAAAUUUCUGUGAUUGUUUGACAACUUUCGACCGCGAUAAAUCUUUGGAGGUUAUGUUGUCAAAUUUUUUGAAUUGUCAAACUAAAUUCUUGAAUUGUCUUUGAUUGAAUUGUCAGCUAAAUUCGCGACAAGUUACUUCUAAAUUUGAUUGAUUAGACAUAUUUUCUUCUAUAAUGUCUGCGAAUACCAAAUGUUUUGUGAGACCGAAAGUUAGGUUUUGUCAAACCGACGUUGAUAAAUCAAAAGAAUUAAAAAAUUCAGUGGAUGGAAGCAAUUCUAAUCGCUUGAAUAAGCCAAAAAUUAGAAAUAUAGUAACUUUAGAUAAGCCUGUCAUUGUAUUAAAAUCGAAUCAAGCAUUCAAUGAUGUUGAUACUAAAGAAACAAAGUCUGUAAACUGUACCCAAAAGACUGAAUUUUUAGGAUGCGAUGAUGAGAUUCCUUUUUGCGCUCAUACCUCUGGUAAAACUGAAAAUCAGAGACCUUUAAAUGAUGCAGAUAAUUCUGUGAAUACUAAAGUAUGCUUUGAAGAAAAUGGCAAACUCAAAAAGACCAAUACAUCACUGGCUACUUUGCAAGAAAAAGAAUCAAACAAAAUAUUGAAAUCGCAGAACUCAGUUAAGACUGAUAUUAAAAAAAUGGACUAUACUACAGAUAAGAAAGGCAAGGAAAAUAAUGCACUCUUUACUAAAAAGGGUACCAACAAUACCAUUAAAAAUAGUUUACACAUAAAAGUAGCACAAUGCAAAAUUAAACCCUGCCCAAGUAAUGGUAAUAAAAAAGUAAAUUCAGCUAAGCCAUCCAGAGUCUCACUGACCUCUGAUAAAGUAAAGCCUGUUGUGAAUGUUAUGCCAUGUUAUAAGUACAAUACAACUGCAUCAAAAAUUAAAGCUUUCCCAGUGAAGAAAACUAUGGUGCGGGACAUAGUUGGUCCCAAAAUAAAACCUUAUGUUGGUCCAGGAGUACCACGUAAAAAUCAAGACAUUCUGAGGAUCGCGAAGAUUAAGGACAUAGCUCACAUAAAACCAUGUACUUCUGGUGAAAAGCUGGCAAGACCAGAAUACAAUUCUGUCAUGUGUACAAUUAAUAAAUUGAAUGAAACAAAGAAACAGAAAGUUGUAGUUGACUUGGAGCAUUUGCCCCCUAUUUAUAAAAAUUUAAUAAAUGGGAAGAUUUCUAGUGCCUUGGACUUCCCUCUGGAUGAAGCCAUUUACAAAAACUUGGUGAAUUUGUCUGUAGAUGAAAAACAACUACCAAGUAGACUAACACGUAGUAAAGAUCCAGAGCCUCGUCAACGAGACGUUGUACCGAUACUUUCCGAUUUCUUCUUGCCAGAACCCACCGAAGAGUACUGUACUCCUGUCUCUAUUAAACCAAUAGGUCCAGAAGCAGUAGACAGUUGGAGUGCUUUUAGAAUAAAUGACAAAAUAUUCGAAUGGAAGCACAGCUUGGAUCACUUAUAAUGUAGUAAUCCCUUUUUAUAUAUAAUUUAUUUAUUAAUUGAUAUUUGGAAAAAACUUACUUUGGAAGAUGUAUUCUUUCAUAAAAUGUGACAUAUCUUUUAUACUAAUCAAGAAUGGACAAAUUACUUUAAGGACACGUUUUGUGAAUAUAUGUAGAGAUAGAAUUUUAAAAUAUGACGUAAGGCAAUAUAUACAAUAAAUCAUUUAAUGUACAA